AUGUGGUCAGAGGGUACUAUAAAUGACAGAAAUUUGCAUGAGCCUCCUGAAACUGUCACAGGGACAUAUUUAAUAUCUGACAAAGACUUUCCUUAUGACAUUGACAAAAUACAGUUUAGAUAUAGCUACCGAAAGGACACAAUAAGCAUUUUAAACAUAAACAACAGAGCAAUUGAAUUGAAUGUUUCGGUUGGCUAUAUCCGACUAAGAGACAGAAUGACAUACAAAGAGUAUGCAGAGAUGGUUUUCCAGCAAAUAGAAAGUAUUCUUUCUGGCAAGCCUGUUGUGGAGUUGGAAAUAUCUCGAAAAGAAAAAGUAAUUGAGCCUUUAGAUCUAGCAGACACUCCUAUUAGGGAAGGGAAUUAUAUUUCAUUUGAGUAUACAGCCAAGCACAUCCUGGCGUUCAAGGCAAAUAUGGUCUGUCUUUCUAUAUUCUGCAAGAGGUGCAGCACUUUAAAUAUAAAAACAAUAGGCGGGGAUGGACUGGAUAUAAAGAAAAAUACCAAAACACGAUUUAACUGUAUUAAAUGCACAGUUCAGAUGAGCAUUGAUAGCACUUUUCAUUUAAUUCUGCCUAGCGGUGAGAACAGUAAGAAUUUAAUGCGCAUAGAGUGCACUGGUAUAUAUAAUGUAUCCAUACGGGCCCUUUCGGUAAACUGCGUAUGCAGUGAGUGCAGCACAGCCCAUCUGAUCGAGCUAAACAAGAAACUGCCCUGUGGCUGUGGAUGCUUACUAGAAAUCGCACAGGACAAAUCAAUGCCAUUUAAAGAAGUGAUCUGCCGUGCUGCAUCCACAGCCAAAAUGCCUGCAAAAGGCGAUGUUCCGUCUCUUUUAAAAACUGGAGGAACCUGUGCGCACUAUAAAAAAUCAAGUAGAAUAUUCAUAUUUCCGUGCUGCAAUACAAGGUAUGCGUGCGAUAUAUGCCACAACAAACAUGAGUCACACCCAGCAGUACUUGCUACACGGAUGAUAUGCGGCAAGUGUGGAAUUGAAGGUCCAGUUAGUCCGGUGUGCGGAAGCAGUGUGUGCAAAGCAUCCCUUACAGGAAAAUCCUCUGCAUUCUGGGAGGGGGGCAAAGGCUCUCGAAAUAAAGUAACAAUGUCUAGAAAAGACUCUAAAAAAUACUCCAGGUAGGGCAAAAUCGCCCUAUUCUAUAUAUUUACAUCCUUUCCCAGGAGAACUAGCU